GUAUAAAAGUCGUAUAGUUUAAAGCUUGAAUAAUAAGUUCCAAUCAUCAACAAUAAUGGGCGGAAAUUCGGAAGGACUGCAGAAACUACGGUGUGCCUCCAUUAUCAAAGUGGCUUUGGAGCAGUACUGCUCAUUGUGCUCUGUCUACAGGUGUACCGCAUUGCAGGUUCCCGAAAUAAUCCGCCUCGAAAACGGAUCCCGUUAUGAUGGUAUGGAAGCCCUGUGUGUUUUACUGCGACGUCUUGCAUACCCUAAUCGCUACACAGACAUCAAGCACAUUUUUGGGAGAUCAAAACCUGAAUUAUCGAUGAUUUUUACCUGGAUGUGUGAAUUUAUCAACGCGCAGUUCGGUCAUCUUUUACUUAACUGGACCUGUGUUGGCUUACACGAGCAGAUAUGGACGAAUUCGCGGCCGCCGUAUACAGAAAGGGAUGUCCUCUGGAUGACGUCUGGGGCUUCAAAGACGGUACAUUCCGCCCAACUUGUCGUCCUGGUGAGGAUCAGAGAACAGUAUAUAGCGGCCACUAUCGUCUUCAUGGCAUCAAAUUCCAGAGCAUUAUGGCCCCUAACGGCAUUGUGGUAAAUCUGGUUGGGCCGUGGGUUGGACUUCGACACGAUUCAGGCAUACUAGCGGACAGUGGCCUACUACGUGCGCUGGAAACAAAAAUGGAGCAAAUGGGAAAAAUUUUUCGCCUUUAUGGAGACCCUGCUUAUCCGAUUUCGGCGUAUCUCGAGGGUCCGUUUAAACCAGCAACAAAUCAAAUCGAGUACGAUUUUAACGAAGCUAUGUCACCGUGUCGUAUCGCAGUUGAGUGGGGUUUCGGAGAAGUAGUCCAACAGUUUGCUUUCCUCGAUUUUUGGAAAAAUCUUAAAAUAUUUUUGCAGCCAGUUGGACUUCUCUACACAGUUGGAACUUUACUACUGAAUUGUCGUGUCUGUUUGGGGUACGGGGGAAAAGUUGCUGAUUAUUUUUGUGUGGUCCCAGCGACCCUGGAAGUUCGCCUAAACAACAACAGAGAAUAG